AUGGCUCCCCGUGCAGCUUCACCCGCCAUGUCGGAGAAUGAGUUCGAUAUCACAGGUGCACUGUUCCAAAACGACAGCGAUUCCGAUGCCGAAAUCGCCAAGCCCAAGAAGAAGAAGCCUACACCGAAGCCAGCCCUAGCAGAGGACCUCGACUUUCUCGGCGGCGACGACGAUGGUGAUGAGGCGUUCAUCGCUUCAAAGCAGGCCUCUGCCAACCGUAAAUCAUCAAACCUCAAAGGACGUACGGUCAAGAAGGGUGGUGGUUUCCAGGUAAUGGGUCUCAACCCCAACCUGCUCAAGGCUAUCACACGAAAAGGAUUCUCCGUUCCGACCCCAAUUCAGCGCAAGACCAUCCCCGUGAUUAUGGAAGACCAAGAUGUAGUCGGUAUGGCCCGAACAGGUUCCGGAAAGACAGCUGCCUUCGUCAUUCCCAUGAUUGAGAAAUUGAAGCACCACAGCACCAAGUUUGGAGCCCGUGCCCUGAUCAUGUCUCCAUCUCGUGAGCUGGCUCUACAGACACUGAAGGUUGUCAAGGAAAUGGGACGUGGAACUGAUUUGAGAUCCGUUCUUCUGGUUGGUGGUGACAGUUUGGAGGAGCAGUUCGGAUCGGUGGCUGGAAACCCGGAUAUCGUCAUUGCGACACCCGGUCGAUUCUUACAUCUUAAGGUUGAGAUGAACUUGGAUCUGUCGAGUAUCCGUUAUGUGGUAUUCGAUGAGGCUGAUCGUCUGUUCGAAAUGGGUUUUGCUGCUCAGCUUACUGAAAUUUUGCACGGCCUGCCCUCCACUCGUCAGACCCUUCUGUUCUCCGCUACUUUGCCUAAGUCUCUUGUAGAGUUCGCUCGAGCAGGCUUAGAGGAACCGACUUUGAUCCGUUUGGACACUGAAGGAAAGAUUUCACCUGACUUGAAGAAUGUAUUCUUCUCGGUCAAGUCUUCGGAUAAGGAAGGUGCUCUCAUGCAUAUUCUUCAAGAUGUCAUUAAGAUGCCUACUGGUGACACUGAUGUUACCAAGCGCUUCAAAGAGCAAGGCCCUCCAUCAAAAUUCGAUAAAAAGCGAAAGAGAGACGACGACAAAGCGGGCCAGCAUAAGGAGUCACCCACUGAAUACUCGACUAUUAUUUUCGCUGCUACAAAGCAUCACGUUGAUUACCUCUACUCUCUGCUGACAGAAGCCGGAUAUGCUACUUCUUAUAUCUACGGUUCAUUGGAUCAAUUAGCACGAAAGAUUCAGGUGUCAAACUUCCGACGAGGCAUUUCCCAUAUCAUGGUUGUCACCGAUGUUGCAGCCAGAGGUAUCGAUAUUCCCGUUCUUGCCAAUGUCAUCAACUACGACUUCCCUUCGCAACCCAAGAUUUUCGUUCACCGUGUUGGUCGUACUGCCCGUGCGGGUCAGAAGGGUUGGAGUUACAGUCUUGUUCGAGAUGCCGACGCUCCAUACUUGCUUGAUCUUCAGCUUUUCCUUGCACGACGACUUGUGCUCGGUCGUCAAUUCGGCGAUCAGGUCAAUUUUGCCGAAGAUGUUGUUGUUGGAGCUCUCCCCAGAGACACACUUUCUCGCAGCUGUGAAUGGGUCUCCAAGGCCUUGAACGAUAAUUCCGACAUUGCUUCUCAGCGACAAGUCUCAAUCAGAGGUGAGAAGCUGUACAUGCGUACCCGAAAUGCCGCGUCCUUGGAAAGUGCCAAGCGUGCGAAGAAGAUCACAGCUACUGAUGACUGGUCCUCAAUCCAUGCGCUCUUCAACGAUGAUACAAGUCAGAUGGAAGUUGAACGUGAGAAGCUCUUGGCUAAGAUCGGUGGCUUCCGACCCGCAGAGACGGUCUUUGAAGUCCAAAACCGACGUACCGGUAAGCAUGAGGAGAAAAAUCCAGCCAUAGACACAAUCAAACGACUCCGCACGACAGUCGAUAAGAAGAAGCUACGAGCGCAGGCGAAGGAACAAGCUGAGAUGAACGAACUUGGUCUUGGUGGAGAUGAAAAUGACGAGGAAAUGCAAGAUGCGGAUGAAGAUAUUCCUGAGCAACCUGCCGACAACAUGUCGGAGGCGGAUGAGUCCGAUCUGGAGGUCACCUUCUCGGCCUACUCUCAACCCAAGAACAAACGAUCCGACAAGACCAACGAAUCCUUCACUACAUCAUUCCAAAACCCAGACUACUUCAUGGGUUACACACCCAACAACAAUGACCUCGCGGAGGAUCGGGCGUACGGCGUUCACUCUGGUACAAACUCGAACUUCGCUCAGGCCUCGCGCAGUGCUACCAUGGACAUCAAUGGAGACGAAGGUCAAAAAGGAUUCGGCGAGCCCCGCUCAACCAUGCGUUGGGACAAGCGUCAUAAGAAGUAUGUGGCGCGUCAGAACGACGAGGAUGGAUCUAAGGGCACGAAGUUGGUGCGCGGUGAGAGUGGAGCCAAGAUUGCAGCCAGUUUCCGUAGUGGACGAUUCCAGAGCUGGCAGAAGGGCAAGCGCAUGGGUAAAAUGCCUCGUGUCGGCGAAACAGAGACGCCUGGACUUGGGGGCAACCUUAAUGGGCCUGGUGGUGGUGGUGGUGGUGGCCGAUUUGGUGGUGGCGGUCGUUUCCGACACAACAAGCAGCAGGCGCCCAAGCGGGCUGAUCCCUUGCGCGGCGAUUACGACAAGAUGAAGAAGAAGAACGAGGCUGCUCGUGAACGCCAAGGCCCAGCUGCUGGCGGCAAGAGUGAGAUUCGCUCGACUGAUGAUAUUCGCAAAGCACGUAAUCUUAAGCAGCAGCGUCGCGAUAAGAAUGGUCGGCCGUCAAGAAAGCGCUAA